UCGUGCGGCUCAGCUUGGCAUGGUGUGGGUAGGGGGGAACCGGGAACAUUUCACCCCUGCUGCAUACCUAUAUAUACCUAUCAUUCAUUAAGGCUUAUUCCCAAAUCGGUGGAUGCUGAAUUGUAGUUCCAGUAAUAAUAAACAUAAGUAAUUCUCUUCUCUGCUGGGAUUCACUGCAGGAUGUGACAGAAGAGACACCAGAUACACAACUAAGCUGGGAGCCUCUAGCUUCAAAGCUGAAGAAAUUUAAACAGUUGUAGUCUGUCACAUAAGUAAAAUGACAUUAAGCAGAAAUUAGACAUAUUCCUGAAGGAGGAGAUUAUUUUCAUUCCCUGUUUCUGAUACUUAGCUAUGAAUGCUGAUAUUUAUGUAGGAGGAAGAGCACCACUGACUGAAAAAUGGUAGCACGAGCAGACUUAGGAAGACUCCAUAAAAUAUGUAGAAGGAACAAAUUAGGAUGACGUGUAGGAAUUUUGAUGGAGGUAGUCCUCAAUUUAUGACUGGCUGCGUAGUGACUAUUUGAAAUUACGUGGGACACCCACCCACCAAAAAUGCUAUUUACAACCCAGUUCCAGAGUUCGAACGGCCACAUUCCCCUGUCACAUGACUGCAUUUUGAUCACUCAGCAACUGGCCCACAUUUAUGACCAUUUGCAGAGUACCUCAGUCAUAUAACCAUGAUUUAUCAUGUUUUUGCAGGAAACUGGCAGUUUACUUCCUUUCCAGCAGAAAACAGCCCACGACAAACAAUGGGUUUUACGGUUACGACCACCACAAAGAAGAUUCUAAAGUCAGGUUGGUCGCUGAUGAUGACCCAUUUUACAAUUGUAAUUGCCAGGAACAAUUACGAUCAUAAGUUAAGGACUACCUGUAUUUAAAACUGCUUCUUGACAGGAGUUUAUUGCAAAACAGCCCUGCCUCAUUCAUAGAUUUUUAUGGGGCAUUCAGAUGCUACUUUUAGUUCUAAUUAUAUUCAUUUAUUUUCUUCUUUCUGUAUUUCCUUCUUUUCACAGAAAAACACACAAAAGUGUGGAGUAGAAAUGGGAGGACCACACAAGCAUUUUGGGCAAAGGGGUAGGAAUGGAUCAGAGCUGGCAUCCUGAAUCAUAGCUCUCUAUCCUAUUGUGUAUUCUCAAAGGUCCUACUUACUAGUUGUGAUUUCUAUAUUGAAAUCCAAAGCAAUAAAUAAUUUAUAUGCUCCUGAAAACAGGAGGGGAAAUGCAUUGCUUUCUUCUCUGUUGAUGAUUUCCUGAUUUCUGAUUGGAUAUUAUUGUAUUAUCCAAUGUGGAUGUAUUGAGAAUUCCAGAAACAAUGGACUUUUUGAAGACAGAAUGGACAUUCUUACAUUCCCUUUUGUUAGCAAAUAUAUUCUAAUUCAGGGUUCCCUUCUUGAUGUCUUAUAGAGUUAUAAACCAGGACAUCUGGAGGUUACUGUUUUGUAGAAAACUAGACCAUUUUGUAUUACUAUCCAGGCCUUUGAUUGAGGCUGCCAGAGAAAAUGUCCAUAGGUAAUCGUUUGAACCUCGUAUAUUAGCACCUAAUUGCCAUUGCCUAGGUGUGAAACCAGUAUUAGUGGUAGGCAAAUAAUGGUUGCGAAAGUGAUAUUUAAGAAUGGGUCUGAUGCUUCUGAGUAUAAUUCUUAAUGAUUUUUUUCCGUUUCUGUAUCAGGGAGGUGCCCUUUUACUUAAUCAUCACAUCACUGGCAGGAGGAUACCUUUAAAGAUUGUCCAUCCUUUCCUAUUGGGUGUCUUAUAUCUAUCUGCUCCCUGGGACUACACGUUGCAUUGAAGCUCUCUUUCACUUGGCCCAGUCUCCUCUGGCUUAGUGGUUCUACUUUUAUCUGCAGGAAGCUUGGAGGACAAGAACUUCCUUUCUUGCAGGAGUAAAAGAUGGCUGCCACACAGGAAGUGCCUCCUCCAGCAUUGGGCCUCCAUUUUUUAUACCCAUUAGAAGAAACAAUGGCACCCAGAGUGAAAAUAGAAGAGCCUGGACCCCCAUGCCCUGAAGCUGGUUGGGAAUGGGAUGCUCCGGGGAAGACUCCUCUUGUUGUCCAAGCAGGCACCAUUAGUGAUCUGUUGAGGUGGGCAACUCCUCCCCAAGUGAGGAGCGACCCAAUUCCACAGCUCUGGGAGGUUCAGUGCCAGGAGAUGGUGCAAAGCCUGAGGACACCUGCUGAUGUCAUGCCAGCCCCUGUGCCUGCCCCUCCCCCAGCCCCUGGCUGGAACAAUCUCCAGCUACCUGAGCUUGCACCUGUGGAUGACAUUGAAGCCUACCUGUCAUCCUUUGAGCGGGCAGCCGAAUCAUGCCAGUGGCCAAGAGGAGAGUGGAUGAGCCGCCUUAUGCCAGCUCUUGGAAAAGCCCAACCACCCCAUAAUGGCUUGGAUGCCAGAAGUGGCAGGAAUGAGCACAGAAAAUCCAAAUCUUCCAGCCUGCGAGGGGAAUCAGGUGCCAAUGUGGAAAUGCAACGGCAGCGUUUCCGGCAGUUCCGUUACCAGGACUCUGAAGGCCCCCGGGAGGCUUGUCGGAGGCUCCGGGAACUUUGCCGACGUUGGCUGAAGCCUGAGAGCCGCACAAAGGAGCAGAUUCUGGAACUGCUUAUCCUGGAGCAGUUCCUGACUAUCUUGCCCCAAGAGAUCCAGAGCUGGGUGUGUGAACGAGGCCCUGAGACGUGCGCCCAAGCAGUGGCCUUGGUAGAAGGAUACCAGAUGGCACGGCGAGAGACAGGGAUGUGGGAGCAGCAGGUUACAGUGCGGGUCAAGGUUGAACAGGUAAGCCCACAGGAAAUGAUUUUACCUGGAGCACCAUGGGAUCCUUCAGCCUCACUGCUGCCCCAUCCUGAGUACAUAUCCUCAUCCGAUCCCACACUAAACCAGCCUAUCCCAGGCCCAGCUCUCAAGAUGCCUUGCAUCCCAAAACAGGAACCACAAGGCCUUCAGGAAACAGGUUCCCUACUAGCCAAUGGAAACCGAGAGGAGCACUCUUUGCCUGGAAGCACGAUGGAAAUGGGAUUGCUACCUGGGAAUUCCCGGGAGAAAAUGUUGGGUGAGAAUUGUGUUGAACGGAUGAGUCAACAAUUUGAAGUGAGAUGUGGAGACAUAAGAGAGAAUCCAGUUGCACACCCCAACUCUUUUGGACGCUCUCACCCAACAGGAAAGUCCCUUCACCAGUGUUCACAAUGCGGGAAAACAUUUAGCCGUAACUCACAUCUGCUCACCCACCUAAGGAUCCAUACUGGGGAGAAGCCCCACCAGUGCCCUCAAUGUGGCAAACGUUUUGGUCAUACUUCCCAGCUGACUCGUCAUCAGAGGACCCAUGCCUCAGAGAGACCUUUCCGAUGUGCUCAGUGCAGCCGAAGUUUUUACCAGAGCUCAGAGUUGACCAGGCAUCGAGUAUCCCAUGCCAGAGACCGUCCGUAUGGGUGCAGCCAAUGUGGGAAGAAGUUCCGUUGGAGUUCUGAUCUCAUCCGACACCAGAUCACGCAUACAGGAGAGAGACCGUACAAGUGCCCUGACUGUGGGAAGAAGUUUGGUCAGAAUUCACACCUGGUUCGACAUCGGAGAACCCACACUACUUAGCCAAGAUCUUCCCAGAAGGAAAGAAAACUGUGUUUCCCAGCAUUGAAAGCUCAAUAAGGGCCAAAGCAUGGAACCAGACCACCACUUAGCUUAGUGUCAUAUUGAGCCAGAUGACAGAUAAACUUUGGUUCAAUAUCUGCAGAGGUUUAUCUGUUGAUGUGGCUUAAUUAGAUAGAAUCCAGUCGAUCCCCAGCAGGAUAGACAAGGUGGCAGUUCCACAAUAUCAAUUUGUGUUCUACAACUAGAGAGUCACAGUAGAACGAAACUGAUUACUCUAAAAAGGUGCAGAGCCUUUAGAAUUGACUACCUGGACAAUACUAAACCACUAAUAUUGUGGUGGCACCAGUUGGAUGUCUUUUUUUCUUUCUCUAUCUCCUUUUCCUUCCUCCCUCAUUCUCUCUUUUAAUAGAAAAUGUAAUAGGUCUUCUAUCAUCUAGACAGAUUUUCUGUUACAUAACACAACCUGUAUUCCUUGCCCUAAGAACAUUUCUUUGUCGUGAAGCAAAAGCAAUGUAUUUUUUAGAGAAGAUGACCAGUCUGUAUUAGCAGAGGGUUGAAAUCUUUAAAAUGAUGGAGAUCCCCUCUUGGGGAAGCUGCUGUGAAGUAUUUUGCCUUUUUUUAAAAAUUGCAACUUUGAUAAAUGGAAAUAUUGUCAACCUAAA